AAUGUAUGCGACACUUUACGGCCGAUUAGACGCGAACAUCUGCCAAACUGUUAACAUUGAAUGCAAAAUUGGUAGAAGAUUAGCCAAAAUUGGUGACGCGCUUGACGAAAAGUACAAGAAACGCCAUAAGAAAAAAGACGAUAUGGGAGGGGCGUCGAAUAAAUUAAAUAAAUCUAAGGAAACUAAUGAAAAAAGCCUCUUAUCUCAAUCAUUACCACUGACGGUAAGCUUUUCAUGUAUAAAAAGGGUCGGAUUCGUAAAGGAAUUAAUUAAUUCCCGAAUGUACUUUUUGAACAAUCUUCAACAAAGCCGUACUUUAUCAAACGAAAUUUCGCCGCGGCUAAUGAAAGCGUGUCAGUCUGACAUCACGUGA